GGCCUGGACAUGAAAAAAAUACACUCACAAAAUGCAUACAGCCUGAUGGUUCAGUGUUAACACUAUCGGAGUGUGGGCAAUACAGUAGCCUGUCUGACCAUGUGAACCAGCAGUCUGGAUGGCCAGUUGAUCCCGCUAGUGGUUGAUCCUGCUAGUGGACAACUAGACUAUAGCAGGUCUACUGAAGAACCAGAGGACUGAGUUGGAAUAAUAACGUGGAGGAGAUAGGAGAAAGACAUGGCAAACCUAUCUGGGAUACUCUUCUGUCUGUUGGUAGGACUCUCUCUCCAGGACAAUGAGAAGAAACUCAAGACAAAAAGAACGGUCCCAGAUGUGUUGAAACCAAAGACGUUCAAAGGCAGGGGAUACCAGUCCAAUUGUACAGCUGAGACGGGGCCCCCCAGCCUGGUUCCUCUGUCCCCUGGGCUGGAUGUGAGGCUGGAGGACACUGCAGCAGCCUACACCACGGGGCUCCUCAGCACCAGGCUCAUCCCCUCAGCCUAUCUCCUGGCCAUGGCAGUGGGCAUCCCCUCUAACGCUUUCAUCCUGGCCUUCCUGAGGCUCCGGGCCAGGUCCUACUCCAUGGCUGUCCUCUACCUGAGCCUGGCACUCUCCGACCUGCUCCUCCUGCUCUCCCUGGCCCUCCGCAUCCACUACCACCUCAACGGAAACAACUGGGUGUUCGGCGAGGUGGCCUGUCGCAUCGUCACCGCCUGUUUCUACUGCAACGUCUACUGCUCUGCCCACACCAUCGCGUGCAUCAGCCUCAAGCGCUACCUUGCCGUGGUGAGGCCCUUCCUCUACAGUCGGCUGCCCAAGAAGGCCUGGACGCUGGGGGCAAGCCUGGGCAUGUGGGGCCUGUUUGGAGCAGCUGUGGUACCAGAGCUCAUGGUGAGGCAGAGCUUCUUGCUGCCCCGUAUGGGCCUCAUCACCUGCCAUGACAUACUGCCCCUGGAGGAGGAUUCCCAUGCCCUGCUGGUGCCCUACAGGCUGACACUGGUCUGCUUAGGGUUCCUCGUGCCAUUUGUGACCUGUGCCUGGACCCAUGUGGCGGUGGUGUGGCACCUGCGUCGCUCAGGCCUCGACUGGACACCCUUCAUCAGAGUCAGUACACUGGUCUUCCUCAUCUUCACUGUGUGUUUCGCUCCCAGUGGCGUCCUCCAUAUUGCCCACUAUGUGAGGCUGUCCACUAGUGGAGAGGACGGGAUGUAUGUUUACACCAGCGCUGCAGUGUGUCUGUGCUGUUUCCACAGCUGUCUGGAACCAUUCCUGUGUGUACUCAUGUCCAGGACAACCGCCUCCAGACUACGCUUUGCUUCGCUCAGAAGGACACCUCAGAGACUUGCUGUUCCGGUGUAGAGACUCUGUGUGUGUGUGUGUGUGUGUGUGUGUGUGUGUGUGUGUGUGUGUGUGUGUGUGUGUGUGUGUGUGUGUGUGUGUGUGUGUGUGUGUGUGUGUGUGUGUGUGUGUGUGUGUGUGUGUGUGUGUGUGUGUGUGUGUGUGUGUGUGUGUGAGAAAGAAGGCCCGAUUUAAAGCAAUGCUAUUCGAGUGAUAAACUGUUUUAAAACUCUGCAGCAGCUGCAAAAAAAUAAUAAUUUACAAUUAAAAAACAAGGUGACCCUCAAAAGCCAGAUGGAGUUGGGUAAAUUAGACACGCAUUCGGUCUUUAGAGUACUGUGGUAUAAGGUUAUGCUGCAGCAAACACAGGCCUACCUGUCACAAGAAAGAAGAAAAUAGUGACCAUAAUGAGAUGAUAGGUCUACAUGCAUUGUGUACUGCACUCCAUACUGAGAUGGGUCUGUCUCCACCCUAAGAAUUGAUUCAUCAUGCAGAGGUUGUAGUGAAGCCAGAUGUAGACAUUGCAUACAAUUUAACAGUUCCAUUUCAGACUAUGCUAUUCAUAUAAAUAUUUUAUUAUAAUUUACCGGUUCUCGCAGUUAUUUAUCCUGGGAAAAGAGUGGUUUUGGGUGGGAAAUCCCGGUAAAUGGGUUCCGCCAUUCUUAUGACUGACUGCAUUUCACACUACUUCUGGAUUAUAAUUGGACUGUAAAGCUCGUAUGAAUGUCCUGCUUAAUAUAAUGUUUGUGUUAUCAUCGCAAAAAUGGCACUUUGGCUAGCUUUGGUACAGUCUAUGUCAAUCAGUGUUAAUAUUCUAGUUAAUAACCUCUGCAGGAUCGGUAUCCCUAUACUGGGAUGGCUGUUGCUAACGUGCACUAACGUGACUAGAAUGACAUUGUAAGCAACAGCCAACUUUCCAAGACAUACAGUGCCUUGCAAAAGUAUUUAUCCUCCUUGGCGUUUGUCCUAUUUUGUUGCAUUACAACCUGCAAUUUAAAUGAAUUUUUAUUUUUUUAUUUGGAUUUCAUGUAAUGGACAUAAACAAAAUACUCCAAAUUGGGAAAGUGAAAUGAAAAAAAUAACCGGUUUCAAAAAAAAAAAAAAAAAAAAAAAAAAAAAAAAAAAAAAAUGAAAAUUGGUGUGUGCAUAUGUAUUCACCCCCUUUGCCAUGAAUCCCCUAAAUAAGAUCUGGUGCAAAGAAUUACCUUCAGAAGUUACGUAAUUAGUUAAAUAAAGUCCACCUGUGUGCUU